GGAGAGCACGUUACUGAAGCGCGAGCCACGUUACGUGCAGCGGACCAAACAGUUCAAGCAUGGGCGUGUUAUCCAGGCUGCUGAGGGGUCUGGUGCGGGGCGCCGACCGAAUGUCGGAGUUCACCAGCAAGCGCGGAUCAAAGACUCACUACAAAGGGCGCGGAGCCAAGCCCACCGGCCUGCGGCUCUCCAGCCGCAAGUUCCUGUCCAUCAGGGCCAUGAUCCCCGAGUUCGUGGUGCCGCCGCUGGAGGGAUUCAAACUCAAGCCCUACGUGUCGUACCGCUGCACGGAGGGAACCGAGCCCCCGCUCACCGCGCAGAGCCUGUUCGAGGAAGUGGUGGCGCCUCAGAUCAGGAAAGACUUCGAGGAGGGAAAGUUCAGCAAGGACAGUCUGGAAAAGUACGGCUUCGAGCCCACGCAGGAGGGGAAGCUCUUCAAACUCUACCCCAAGAACUUUGUGCGAUAGAGACGCACGUGCACGGACUCACGGAUUAUUGGAAAGCUACAGAAAGUGAAGAGAAUAAAAGACUGUGUUGUUAUUUUUAUCAGCUGAGAUAAUAAAACCUGGUGGAUGUGAUUGUUGCUGAA